UUGCAGGCGCGGGAAAAAAGCAUGUGUGCUAGCGCGAGAUCACAGCGUGCAUGGCAAAGGAAAGAGCACACAUUUUUUUUCUGUGAACGCAUACCCAAAAUAGUUUUGGGGAAAGAAAAUACUGAAUAAGACUAAAGCAAAAACUAGGAGAUGAACACAGAAGCGAGUAAAGAGACAUCACUACAAAAUGGGCAUGCCAGGGCUGAGGCCGAGGCUCCCUGCAAGAAGAGGCAGGACUACCUGGAGUGGCCUGAAUAUUUCAUGGCGGUUGCCUUCCUGUCAGCACAAAGGAGCAAGGAUCCAAACUCACAGGUGGGAGCCUGUAUUGUGAACCAGGAAAACAAGAUAGUGGGGAUAGGUUAUAACGGGAUGCCCAAUGACUGCAAUGAUGACCUUCUGCCUUGGGCUCGGUCAUCCUCUGACUGGCUGGACACCAAGUACCCUUACGUGUGUCACGCAGAGCUGAACGCUAUCAUGAACAAGAACUCCGCCGAUGUGAAGGGCUGCACCAUGUAUGUGGCCCUGUUCCCCUGCAACGAGUGCGCCAAGCUCAUCAUCCAGGCAGGAAUAAAGGAUGUGAUUUAUCUGUCAGACAAGUAUCAUGGCCGAAAGGAAUUUACUGCCUCCAGACGGCUACUCGACAUGGCGGGGAUCGAGUACAAGAAGUUUCAGCCGAAGAGAGGAAAGGUCGUCAUUGAUUUCGGUUCAAUCGACCUCUCUGGAAAUCAGGGGGCGGCGGGCUCCAGUGCGUCUUGAUCCUGCCGGAGCCAUAACUGCCCUCCUCGUGUGGGAGGAAUUACUCCAUACAUACUUCUGUUUGCUGCUCUUUUAGGACCCUGCAACUUUCAUUUUCAAAGUUUCGGCGCAGUCCAGUUUCAGGGUUAGGUCUGUGCUUUGUUUCUCAAACAGUCUUAAGUUCUGGACUUUUUUACCUUUAAUCAGUUUCCGUGGUGUACCCGUGGUGUAUAGGGUUAAUUAGCCAUUGGAUGUAGUUUGACUAAACCAGGAACAAAAUGUUAUACAACUUAACAUGUAUGCUAUUAUAUCUUUAACUAAGGUUUUGAUGUUUCAAAUAAAGUAUAUUAAACAUCCAA